GCGCAGUGGAGGGUCCGGCGUCCGCCUUGGCGGGUGGGCGUGAUGACCCGCACUCCCCAAGCCACUGCGGGAUAGAACGGGGCCGAGGGCUCUCAGGGGUGGCCGCGACCGGGGCGGCCCGGGACACGGCUGCGGGUUCCAGCCAACAGGCCCGGAGUCGCGGCCUCGGCUCCGCCGUGGGUGCACGGGCUAGGGCUGCGGGGACUCCUGUGGGCUUCGCGUCUGCGGCUGGCAGGAAUGGGGAUCGUCCCCAGAUCCCGCCUUCCGGGCAGGGCCUCCGCUGCCUGCGAUCCUGCCCACAGUCCAAGGAUCCUCCUCGCCUCUCGCGGACUGCGGUGUCAGCCGCCCGAGCCGUUCCCCGGACACCUGGCCAGGUGACGGCCCCCCACCUCCGCCUGGGGCGGGGAGGGGGGGUGGUCUGCGAGUCCCCCUCACCCCCAGCAGACGUUCCCGAGCUCAGGAGGAAAAAAAGGACGAGGAAGGGGCUGCUUAUGAGUGUGUCGGUGUUGAUUUAGUAGUUGUGGAAUGUGAGCCCUGGGGAAAUAAGUGGAAGAGGCAUGGACCGUGUGGCUCCACUGGGGCGUUCGCGAAUGCCUCCUGGAGGAGGAGACCAACCAGAAAGAAGAGGCAGCGUCCAGCAACUGCACAAAGGCCAGAGGGCCUUUCUGGCAAGAGGACUGGGAGAUGGCUGGAGCCAUGUGGAUGGGCAUAAAUGGCUAAUGUCCAGCAACCAUCGAUGUCAAGUAUCCACACACCUGGCCUGAAUGGAUCCCUCUGCCUUUCAGAGUUUGGGAUAUGAGAUUGAAAAUGACGACUCGGAAUUUUCCUGAGAGAGAAGUACCCUGUGACGUAGAAGUGGAAAGAUUCACAAGGGAAGUUCCCUGCUUGUCCAGUUUAGGUGAUGGUUGGGACUGUGAGAACCAGGAGGGACACUUGAGGCAAUCAGCUUUAACUCUGGAGAAACCAGGGACUCAGGAAGCAAUUUGUGAAUAUCCUGGUUUUGGGGAGCAUUUGAUUGCAAGCUCAGACCUUCCACCGUCUCAGAGAGUUCUGGCAACAAAUGGUUUCCAUGCACCUGACUCAAAUGUUAGUGGUCUGGAUUGUGACCCCGCCUUACCCAGCUAUCCUAAAAGUUAUGCAGGUAAGAGAACUGGUGACAGUGAUGCCUGUGGAAAAGGCUUCAACCAUUCCAUGGAAGUUAUUCAUGGAAGAAAUCCAGUGAGAGAGAAGCCCUACAAAUACCCUGAAAGUGUUAAGUCUUUUAAUCAUUUUACCUCUCUUGGUCAUCAGAAAAUAAUGAAAAGAGGCAAGAAACCAUAUGAAGGUAAGAAUUUUGAGGACAUCUUUACUCUGAGCUCAUCGCUUAAUGAAAACCAGAGAAAUCUCCCUGGAGAGAAACAAUAUAGAUGUACUGAAUGUGGCAAAUGCUUCAAACGGAACUCUUCUCUUGUUUUGCAUCACCGAACUCACACCGGAGAGAAGCCUUAUACUUGUAAUGAGUGUGGAAAGUCCUUCUCCAAGAACUACAACCUGAUUGUGCAUCAAAGAAUCCACACAGGAGAGAAGCCCUAUGAAUGCAGUAAAUGUGGGAAAGCUUUCAGUGAUGGCUCAGCUCUGACGCAGCACCAGAGAAUUCACACAGGCGAGAAACCUUAUGAAUGCCUAGAGUGUGGAAAAACCUUCAACCGAAAUUCAUCCUUAAUUUUGCACCAAAGAACUCAUACAGGGGAAAAACCAUAUAGAUGUAACGAAUGUGGGAAACCCUUCACUGACAUCUCCCACCUUACAGUGCAUCUCAGAAUCCACACCGGUGAGAAGCCCUAUGAGUGCAGCAAAUGUGGAAAGGCUUUCCGGGACGGCUCGUACCUCACCCAGCAUGAGAGGACUCACACUGGAGAAAAGCCCUUUGAGUGUGCAGAGUGCGGGAAAUCCUUCAACAGAAACUCUCACCUCAUUGUGCAUCAAAAGAUCCAUUCUGGGGAGAAACCCUAUGAAUGUAAAGAAUGUGGGAAGACUUUCAUCGAGAGUGCGUACCUCAUCAGGCAUCAGAGGAUUCAUACUGGCGAGAAGCCCUAUGGCUGCAACCAGUGUCAGAAACUUUUCAGGAAUAUCGCUGGCCUCAUUAGGCACCAGAGGACUCAUACUGGUGAGAAGCCCUAUGAGUGUAAUCAGUGUGGCAAAGCCUUCAGGGACAGCUCCUGUCUGACCAAGCACCAGAGAAUUCACACUAAGGAGACCCCAUAUCAGUGUCCAGAAUGUGGGAAGUCCUUCAAGCAGAACUCUCACCUGGCAGUACAUCAGAGACUCCAUAGCAGGGAGGGUCCCAGCCAUUGUCCUCAGUGUGGAAAAAUGUUCCAAAAGAGCUCAUCCCUUGUUCAACAUCAAAGAGCACACCUGGGAGAGCAACCCAUGGAAACAUAAUGGUUGGGGGCCACAUGAGUCUUCCAGUUCGCUCUCACUCCUGUGUUUAGGAGGCAUGUCUUAGAUCUGACUCCUCUCUGGUCAGUAGAAAAGUAUCCUUUAAGCUAUCCAGUGAAUUGAUGAAUGUGAGACAUUGCUGAGCCACACUGUUAAGUCUGCUCAUUGGGGAACUCCGGAGACAACUUAGGAUGAGGGCAGAAAAGUCUUUGGGGAUGAUUCAGUCUGUACCAGACGUGACAACACACACACUGGAAUGAAAUGUGCAAACAUGGGGGUGACACUUACCACAGAGAGAACCUGUGAAUGCAUUCAGAACAUGAUUGGAAUGAAGAGCCCUGUAGUAGGGAGUUUCCACGUUGUACGUAAGCAAACACUGAAUCAACUUUUUUUUUUUUUUUCCAGACAGAGUCUCACUGUGCAGUGGCAUGAUCUCCACUGACAGCAACCUCUGCCUCCCAGGUUCAAGCAGUUCUCCUGCCUCAGCCUCCGAAGUAGCUAGGAUUACAGGUGCCUGCCACCAUGCCUGGCUAAUUUUUUGUAUUUUUAGUAGAGACAGGGUUUCACUAUGUUGGCUAGGCUGGUCUUGAACUCCUGACCUCAUGAUCCGCCCACCUCGGCCUCCCAAAGUGUUGGGAUUACAGGCAUGAGACACUGCCUGGCCUGAAUCAACCUUUUUAAGUGUAAUCAGAAAGAGAGGCUUUGGCAGGGGCUCUUACUGUGUUUUCUGUAACAACAAAGGUGUACAAUGAGAGAGUCCACACAGUGCUGUACUGCACACACCACAGAAUGUGUGAGAUUUUCCUGUUUGAAUGUAUGUCUGCAUUAUACUCCUGCAAUAAUGCUGAGGACUCGUUGCAGGAGGGCAAACUAGGUGAAUAAAUUACCUGUGAAUGAACAAUGAAGUCGUUCCUCUUAAGACUGAAACAAGCAGGCCAGAUGUGGUGGCUCACGCCUGUAAUCCCAGCACUUUGGGAGGCCGAGGCGGCCAGAUCACAAGGUUAGGAGUUCAAGACCAGCCUGGCCAGCAUGGUGAAACCCCAUCUCUACCAAAAAUACAGGAAAUUAGCAGGGCAUAGUAGUGUGUGCCUGUAAUCCCAGCUACUUGGGAAGCUGAGGCAGGAGAAUUGCUUGAACCUGGGAGGUGGAGGUUGCAGUGAGCUAAGAUCGCACAGAUCGCACCACUGCACUCCAGCCUGGGUGACAGAGCGAGACUCCAUCUCAAAAAAAAAAAAAAAAGACUGAAACAAGCUUGUGCUAAGAUGGAAAGGGCUGCUUCUAACAGAUGUGGUUUGUUGCUUUAGUUGUUGAAGCAAAAAUACUGAGUUGUUAUGUUUAUGUUAUCAGCCCACCACUACCUCCAUGGUUGUUCAUUUAGGAUGCUUCUAAUUCAGCCACUGUGAACCAUUAUAAAGGUUUUAUUGCCAUGUUGAAAAUGUUUAUAAUAUGGCAAAAAGGGGCAUCAAAUAGAAGAUUUACUAUUAUUCCAGCCAUGUAAAAAUAUGUGCACAUAUGGAUGUAUGUUGAAAGUGGAUGAUGGAGAAAUAAAAUGUGGUUUUCUUUGGGGA